AUGGGUAAUACAACAUCAGAAGUAGCUUCAGAUGUGAAAGCUCAGAUAAAUUUAGGUGGUCAAAAUCUAGAACUUUGUCAAUUUGUGGCUUUGAAAGUAACAAUAAGUGAAAUCGUCAAACAACGAAAUAAUACUUAUACUUAUAAUAAAUUAAAAAAAAUGAAUAAUAUAACAAAAGAAUGUCCAGAUGUAAGUGUUACAACUAAUUAUGGAGGUUAUUGUUAUUUUGGUGAAUAUUCACUUUCAUUUGCGGCUGUUUUACAACAAGAAAAAUCAGUUAGAUUAUUAGUUGCUAAAGAUGCUGAUACAAAUUGUCAAGAUUAA